AGGACGCCAUUAUUAAUCGGAGCAACUAUCCAAUCCGCGAAAGCAAGACGAGGAGGCAGGAGCGACGCACCGGUUAAAUUUUACCGAACCCUCUUCUCUCUCUCUCCUGCCUAGCUAACCAAGCUACGCUAGCGGCGGAAGCAGUGGGAAGCUACAGCGGCCGAUGCCCCUUUUCGCGCCCAUCGAGGCGUCGUCCACGCGGCCAUCCGCACCAAGAAGUCGCCUUGCAGUAAGGCGUGGAGCCCGAGCAAUGGCGGGUGGUCUGGACCGAUCCGUGGAUCUGUAAGGUGCGGUGACGGUGCGGGCGUGGUGCGUGAUGGGAUCUGGAAGCAGCAAGAGCACCUCGUCAUCGUCGUCCUCGGCGGCGGGCGGCGAGGUUAAGAGGGGGAAUGGGAGCGGGAAGGGGCGGAGGGGGAGGAGCCUGCUGCCGCUGCCGAGCUCCUGCUUCCGCGGCGUCACGGAGCCGUGCGAAGGCGACGCUUCUGCUGCCCCGGCGGCGGUUCAGCAAGGGAGGGGAGACUGCAAGCCUGCCUGCACUCACUCACGCUGAAAAGUCCGAUGAAGAUGCUCUCGCAAUGCCUAAAUCUCCCCCAGGUGAAGGGACAGCGGCUUCAUCAGAUGGUGAGAGAGACCGAGAUGAUGAUGUGCUACACAAUGCUGCUGCUACCAGCACAUCAGCAGCAGCCAAUCAAUUGCCAAAUCUUUCUGACAGGUCAAGGCCACCUUUUAGUGUCAACUUUGGGUUGAGUAGAGCUGUCAGCUUGGGAUCAUCGGUAGCCUGCUCUAUUCUGUCAUCUGGCCUCUCCACUUCAGCUAAUCAAGGUGAAGAGCGUGGAAAUGAGGAUGAUUCUUCUGAUGCAGGCAUCUCACAACAAGGUGGUGCACUGACUGCUGGGAUUGAUUCGACUCUGGAUAUUCUUAGAGAUAGUGUCACAGCACAAGCUAGAGCGGCUCGUCAGGCUAGGAGAAAUUUGCUAGAAUCUGAAGAUGCCAACUUGAGGAAUUCCUACAGAAGGACGGGACCUCAGGAACCUUUUGAAGGCAGUGUUCGAUUUAGCCGAACAUUAAGCGUCGGGCGGCUUCGUGACAGAGUUCUCAGGAGGACUCCAUUCUCAGAUGGUUUAUUUACUCCUUCAUUUCUCUAUGAUAGGGCAGUAUGGCCAUCAGGAAAUGCUAGUGCUAGGCAAGAUUCAGCAAUGAUGCAGAGGACUUAUUCAGACCGAAGUUCAGAACUGCGAUCUGAUUCUAACUCUGAGACUCUGAGAGAGGCCAGUAAUCGGGAUCUACUGGAGCGCAGAUCAACUUUUCUUGAGAGGAGGAGGAGGAUACGAUCUCAGGUCAGAGCUCUCCAAAGAUUGGGCAGCAGGUUUGAAAAUUUGUCUGGUCAUGAGAGAUCCUGCAUACUAUCUGGUCAGCAUAGAACAGGAAAUUGCAACUGCAGAACAAGCAAUCGUUCAGGUAAUCCUGAUGAAGAAAGUAGCACAAGGGCUAGCAUAUCAAGAAUUGUUAUGUUAGCAGAAGCACUUUUUGAGGUUCUGGAUGAAAUCCACCAGCAGUCUGCUGCUUUAUCAUCAUCAAGACCAUCGUCUUCAUCAAUUGGAUCUGUUCCUGCUCCAAGGGAGAUCGUUGAGUGUCUUCCUGUAAAAGUGUACAGGAAGCCAUUGAAAUACCAAACUGAGGAGGCUGCACAAUGCUAUAUUUGCCUUGUUGAAUAUGAAGAGGGAGACUGUGUCCGUAUACUUCCAUGCAAUCAUGAAUUUCAUCUAACAUGUGUAGAUAAAUGGCUAAAAGAAAUUCACAGGCCAUGGUUUUUAAGCCGUCACCUAGGCGACAAGGCGCUCCCGGAUGGCAAGGCGUCACCCACGCCUUACCAAAAGCAGUGGAAUGAGGGAGAGAGAAAGAGUGGGAGGGGGUGGAACCAGCCAGCAAAGCCAAGCAGUAGCCGCCUCCCCCAUCCCCGCCGACUCUAGCACCGGAGGCCAACACAGUGCUCCCUCCUGUCAGAGACGGCAGUCGAUCUGGAAGGGGUGGCAGCAGCCGUUGAUCUAGAAGGGGUGGCCGCAGCCGUCAAUCUGAGAGAGAGGGAAUCGCGCAUCCAAGGCUAGUACAGGGCAUCACGGGAGGAAAGGGGUAUGGGCUGGUUAGUGGGUUGGGCCAGACCGCUCCCUUCUCCCCCUUUUUUCUUUUCCUUUUUAUUCCUCCUCCCGGCUGCUGUUUUGCUGUUUCUUGGUUGGGUAUGGUGUCGCCUCACCUCACCUCAUAAUCGUCUAGGCGUUGUGAAGGGGGUGGUGGGUCGCCACACCUCGCCGUACCACUUUAAAAAGUAUGAUGUAGGCUGUAGCUAUCCCCUGACGUUCUGUUCGACAUUAUGAGACAGUUUGACAUUCUCUACAGAAAAAACCCACAUGCUUUGUAACUGUAAACUUGUUAGUUUCUUUCAAAUUAUUCGGACUAUAUUUGGUGUAAAGUUCAACCAUUAGCCAAUAUGUUGUUGGACACCCCAAAAUCUGACAUUUACUGCCAGUAUGAACAGAUAGCUGAGAUGCAUUUAGUGCUGAGUACAAUCCUUGUUCUGCUUCGUGACUAGACUGAUGGAUAUGAUAGGCAUUAUGUGGUAUAGGAACAGCCCCCAUGAAUGUCUUUUUCUAGUGGUUUAUGUUAGCCAUGUCUUUUUCAGAAUGCUUGAACCACAAGCAACUGGUGGACUUAGAUAGGAUUGUAUUUUCAUUUUCAUAAAAAGACAGGCAAGGUGCUUAAAUAUUUGUGCCUGUGCUGUUUAAAUUUUCAUUUGAGCUUAUUAAUUGAAGUUUUAUCCUUUUCUUUUGAAAUUAUUCCUGAUCUCUACUGGACCUUAAAUUUAAGGAACAGAACCUGAUUUUAAUUUUUAGAUUCUGAUAUCUUUAGUGGAAACAUCUUUUUCACUGAACUUAGACUUACCUGGUGGAAAUUUCUUGUCGGAAUUUUGUUCCUCUGGAGUUGCUAAAAAAUUAGUUUUUUAAAGUCUGUAUUUAUUGGUAUCAUACAGUAAAUAUCGGUUGUCAGUUGGUAUUUUGUAGUGUACUCCUGCCGUUAAUCAUCUUUCUGCUGA